ACUAAAAAAAACCCACUUAGAUAUAAAUUAAUUGGCAAAUGCUCGCAUAGACAUGCUCGUUUUUUCCCCAUUUGAAUGGAAACGUAAACUGACACUUUUGAUUUUUGCAGGUGCCUGUUUAGCCGGAGAAAGGUUCCAAAUAGACAUGCCUUAUAUACAUGUCAAAGAAUCAUACGUAGACUUAUCCAAUCAAGAGGAUAUCUGCAAUUACUACGAAAUCGUACAGGAUGACGAUCUUCGAGAAAUCUACCAAGAACAGAAGAAAGAUGUACCUGCGAGACACCGUAUCCGUCAUCUACGAAAUCAGCAAACGUAUGAAAAAAGUGACCAACGUUAUGUUUCAAAGAACGCCCGAAGUGCAUAUAAAAGUAUAAACAAAAGCAGUGAUAAACUCAAAGAAGAAACGUACAUUCAAAAUGUGGAAACAGGAAGACAACACACCUUUGUUGAAAACGACAAAUCCGAAAUGGUUGAUAGAGAGAAUCCAGAAGUGUUUGGUUACAUAGCGGUACCAUAUUUAUUUACAAAUCAAGUAAGCACUUCACGUAAAGCAAACAUUAAAAACACAAAGAAUUCUCAUCAUAUCUCAAAGAAAGCUGAAUGCGGAGGAGAAAAACAAAACCAAAGAACGAGAUUAAAACCACAGUACCAGUGUUCCCAUCAAAUUCCUGUAUACAUUAAACCCUCCGAAUCACCGGGAACUGAGUUAUGCAGCGUGCAAAAAACAGGACCAGGUUGCGUUUUUUCUUUUGAAGCAUCGAAACUACUUACACCAGUGAACGUGUCUGAAUAUGUUUAUGCACCAACAUCGAACGACAUGUUUAGAUUCAAAGACUGGAACAAUACUUUUGUGAUUGCUAGGUCAUCACAUAAUUUUCUCAAUUUCUAUAUAGACACUAGCAGCCAACAUGAGAAAAAAGUUUCUAACCAAACACAACGGCAUGAAAGCAGUGUGGGUUAUUCAUUCCUUGAAAAAGGAGAUGGAAUCAAAUUGGAGAAAAAUUCGAUUCAUUUUCGCGGCUUCUUAUUCUACUUAAAGAACGAAAGAGUGAUUGAUUUACAAACCCAAAAUACGACCAUCUGUAAUUAUUGUGGUCGUUUGGUACCCCUUUUGUGGCCCUCUCUCAAAUGUGCAUGAAAACUAAAGUAUUGCAUUCCCCCCUUUCAUUUUAUUCCAAAUUUUCCAAAUGGACUUACAAAGCAACAAGGCAGAUUGCAAUAUUUUCAUUUCUGUUUAUUUUCUUUUACAUAUUUUUAGCAUUAUAAAGACUUCUUAAAUAAAGCUGCACAACAUUAUAUUUACAAAUAUUUGUGAAUUAUUAUAUGAACUGGAAAAUAAAGCUCAUCACAAACAACUACCCAAUGUGCAUGAAAUAAAGACCUUAUAGGAACACUUUCCGUCAAAUAUACUUUUUUGGGUACUAUAGCUUAAUAUUCACAUGCAUCUUGCAGCAAUCGUUCAAUAAAAACAGAAAUCUACAAGCGGCAGAAAUGAUAUUAAGGACUAUUUUUGCAAUGCCAAAAUAUGAGGACAUGGUGUAAUAAAUGUAAUAAUUUGCUCAUCAUUUUUUUCUUCUUGAAAUAUUUUUGAAAUGAAGCCCAUUUAUGAUUGUUUCAUUAAAUAUGUGAACAUUAUGUCAUGGCUGUAUUAAUACCAAACCAUUUAAAAAUAAAUGUAUUCGAUAGAAAAAAUAAGAAUCCUGGCAAUGGAUUUAAGGGGACUUGAUUGUCGUGACCAUCUGAAGACGGUAUUAAUAUUCUUUAGAAAAAGAGCCCUAUGUAAAAAAAUAGUAAAUUACCAGAAUUUUGACGGUAAAAUACUUGUAUUUUUACUUUAAUAAAUAAAUAAUAGAUUACUGUUUAACUAAAAAAAUCAUAUCUAUGAAUUUUAGGCAAAUCUGAUUGUUAAUUUGUUGCAACCCUUCUUAUUAUAUAAAAGUGUAAAGCUCUGAUAUUUCGCGGCUGGUACCGGAAUUCGAUUAUUAUUUUAUUUCAUAGUUUUUAUCAUGGAAUACUUCAUGGUUUUCAUGGGGCAUGGUCACGAUUUUUGUUAAAUUUUAUGUUUCUGUUUUUAUUAUUUACAAUGCUUUAGAAAUGCAUUUUUAAUGAUCAAAUGAAAUUUUGGUGCCAGUCGACGAGCUUUAGGCAAGAUACAGGGCUCACAAUUCUUCGUCAAGUUAACAAGGCUCGUGCCCUGUUUUUGUUUACAUAGGUUCAAUAUACCAGUAAAAAUCUUUUUCAAACUGAUUUGUCUAUCUUCUUAUUCGUUUUAAGCAUAAAUAAACAGUUCCUAACGAUUAAUACUUUCAUUUUUGGUCUGAACGGGAAUUUUUAACUUCAACAUUCAAAAUGUAAACAAAGCCUUUGUUUACAUG